AUCUGCCUCCGCCUAUCAGGGGACGCUUGAUAAAUAGUCUAAUACCUGUUUUGCCGUUCGGAAAAAGGCGUAAACAAAAAGUCCGUUUUGCUUACGACGAUUCAAAAAAAAAAAAAUUCAAAUUGCUAUCAAGGCCGCCGACCGGCAUGUCGGUUGGCUUUGUUUUACUCAAUGUUGAAUAGGAUAUUUCUCCGUUUUACACGCAACAAUAAGGUCAGAAGGGUAGUGUCGGAGGUUUAUUUACGGAAUGACAUAUUUUGCGGCUCUUCUAUAUGCAAGCAUUGUUACAAUGACUCGAAUUUUUCGCUGGUGGCCAACGAUCAGCGCGCAUGGUCUCAAAAUCUCACGGCCGGUGCAAGAAAAGGAGAGGUCCCAAAUUAUUUCAUUAUCGAUGUGGACGUGGUGUUGAACCAGAUGGAGUUGUUACAAAGGAGCGAGAUUAAGGAUGUGAUAAUUUUACAGACGGUGCUAGAAGGCGUGCGGGAGGCGAGUCAUCAAUACUAUCAGCUAUUGAGGGACAUUUGCGGAGAUGGAGAGCGACAUUUUUAUAUUUUUUCAAACGAGUUCCAUGAAGAGACGCACGUAGAGAGAAACCCCGGAGAGACGCGCAGGGCCUUUAACGCACGUACAAUGCGGGUAGCGGCUGCGUGGUAUCGGGACCACUUUAAAGGUUCUGCAUCGAUUUACGUGGUGACAAAUAACGAGCGGGACGCAGAGUUGGCGAGAGAGGAUGGAUUGCAGGUUUUGACGAUGUAUGAGUAUUUAUCGAAGUUGGAAAAUGACGAGCUAAUGGACAUGCUGGCGAUUGUUGAAGAAAGAGAGAUGAGUUGGAUGCGAAAUCCAUCAAAGAAGGAGUUGGAGCUUGAACCAAUUUAUCCGGAACACCUUUCCGAAUCUGAAAUCUUGAAAGCGCUAUCUGACAAGUCUCGUUCGAUAUACCAAGGAGUUAUUCGACAGAGUCUCGACAAUUGCUUGGAGGCGACGGUGAUGAUUGGAGAUGACGAUACGCGGCUUCCGCCCGAAGAACGUGAGAUUUUAAUCAAAGGAAAGGUGGCGAUGAAUAGGUCGGUGGAUGGCGAUGUGGUGUUGGUAGAGUUGCUGAGUAAGGACUGCUGGCAGGCGCCAUCGCCCUAUUUUAUCGACGUUGAUACACCUGAGGAUCAGUUGUUGCUAUUGGAAGAGGUGGAGGAAAUGAAAAAAGAAAAGCUAUUAGGUUUCGUUCGCGUGAAAGAGAAUGCCAAAAAGCAGCCGACAGGCAAGGUAGUGGCAAUUGUUAAGAAGUGCCGGAGGUCCUAUGCGGGUGCGAUAGAGAGGAGGAGCAAGAGUGUGGAGGGGGAUGAAGGCAAUGCAGAUGUUGAAUGUUUGUUUGUUCCUUUAGAUCGGAGGGUUUCGAAAAUUCGAAUUCGGACCCGCCGAUACGCGAAAUUACUGGAUAAACGGAUUGUUGUUUCGAUAGACGGUUGGAGUCGCUAUUCUUUAUUGCCAUGGGGUCACUAUGUAAGGACAUUGGGUCCUGUGGGCGACAAAAAGGUGGAAGCUGAGGCAUUGUUGUUGCAGCACCAAAUUGAAUUGGCGCCUUUUCCCUCGAAAGUGUUGGCUGAGUUGCCACCUAUUAAUUCGCCGGUGUUGGCGGACGGUUCUAGGCUCGAUUUGCGAGGCGAGUUGAUUUUCUCGAUAGAUCCACCUGGAUGCACAGAUAUCGACGAUGCAUUACACGUGAAGCAAUUGGAGAAUGGGAAUUUUCAAGUGGGCGUGCACAUUGCCGACGUUUCGCACUACGUGAAGGAGGGAUCUCAGCUGGAUGAAGAAGCUAGAAAGAGAGGCAACACCGUCUAUUUAGUAGAUCGUCGAAUCGACAUGUUACCUCGAGAGCUCGGAGAGUGUUUAUGUUCCAUCAACUGCGGGGUCGAUCGUUAUGCAUUUUCCGUGCUUUGGGAAUUGACGCCACCGUCAACAGAGAAUAAGUCGACGAGUGAUGCGGACAAUGACACGGACAUGCAGAUUGUGGGCCACUCUUUUCACAAGACGGUAGUUCGUUCUCGUGCAAAUCUGAGCUACGGAGAGGCACAGACUCGAAUGGACGAUUUGAACAAGAACGACGAAUUGACGCAAAGUUUGCGCUUACUUAACCGAAUGGCGAAGGUAUUAAGAUCCAGACGAAUAAAAGCCGGCGCACUGGUAUUGGCUUCUCCAGAAGUGAAUUUCAUAAAGGACCAAGAAACGCAGGACCCUAUCGACGUUGAAAUGUAUCAAGCUAAAGAAACCAAUUAUUUAAUUGAAGAAUUUAUGCUUUUAGCAAAUGUAACCGUUGCCGUUCAGAUCUGCCGGUCUUUCCCAGCCUUUGCAUUGCUGCGACAUCACCCACCUCCAAACCAAUCUAAGCUACAUGCACUUUCAGUGUCUCUAGAACACUAUGGCAUCCGCGUCGACUCGAGCGAUGGCAAGCAUCUAGCCGAGACAUUGGAAAUGGGUUCUCAAAAAUUCAAGAAUGGCUCGUCAGCGAACAACUUAUUUGACAGGCUACUGCGCAUUAUGGUUACGCGAACGAUGAAUCGGGCGCGGUAUUUUCCCAGCGGCAGCUUGGCACCAUCUCAAUUUUACCAUUACGGUUUGGCGGAGCCUAUUUACACGCACUUCACAUCUCCUAUUCGGCGAUUUGCCGAUAUUAUUGUCCAUCGCCUACUGGCUGCGAGCAUCAACCAUUGCAGUCUGUCUAAGCGCCUCGGCGUACGGUACAUUCAUCGCGUUUGCGACUCCAUCAAUCGGCGGUACCGAAUGGCUGAGCGUGCAAGUCGCGACUCGAUUCGAUAUCACACGCUUCAAUACUUUCGCGGGAAGGUCAUGACAAACGAAUUGGCUCACGUGCUUUCGUUGGCUGCGAAUGGCUUUGAUGUAUUGGUCCAUCGGUACGGCAUCGAGGGCAAAGUUUAUUUGGGUUCAGAUGGGUCGAACACGCGUGCAAGCGAUUGGGUAUAUAAUCCAAAAAAGCAAACUUUGAGCACCAAUGAUGAGAAAAUUGUUAUCGUUGCUUUCAAACGAGUCAAAGUGGAGUUUUGCAUCCAAGCGCAACAAUCAGACACCCCCAAGCUGGUAUUUCGAUGCGUAGAGCCGGCCAUACAUGCUUCAUUCAAGAUCAAAAGCAAGCGAGAGCCAACGAAAGAAUCAUAUGGAGAGCUCACUCCUCCAAAAAAAAAGGCACAAAAUACGCCACCUCAAGAAACCACAAAAGCACACAAAAAGAGAAAAAACAUCAUACCAGUCGAUCUUCUUCAAAAUUCGUCUACUGUUCAAGGUUCAAGGAAAAAAUAAUUCUCAAAACCGGUAAAAAAAAGUCACAUUUUGGCAGCGAUAUUUAUGAGACAUUGUCGCGGGUCUGGCCUUGUUGGUCUCGUUCUCCUUUUUUUUUCGCCGUAACCUUACAAGCUAACGCAAAAAAGCAUUUUUUUUUUAAUACGUCAAAAUUUAAUC